AUGUCUGCCUCCAACUCCACCAGCAACGGCAAUGGCACUUCCCAAGAAUCAUCCUUCUACCACAACUCAGUGGAGCUCUUCGACCUAGGCAUCGCCCGCUUCGACCAAGAUACUGCCGCAGUCGGCGACCGCGACUUCGCUCUCCACGCCAGCCAACCCGUCAUCGCCCGCGCGGGCCGUGCGCCCCGUGGUCUCGAGAGCCAGGUUCACGCUUGGAAUACGUUCCAGUACACUACCGAUGAGGUGAACGGUCGCGAGGAGCUCAAGGGUGAUUUACAUGGCGGGCAGUUGCAUCGCGAGAAUAGGGCUGCUGCGAAUCCACAGGGUAUGGCGCCUACGGGUAGUGGUGGUCGAGGCAGUCGAGGAGGCUUUGAGAGGGGAGGCCGCGGUGGUGCUAGGGGUGGGCGAGCUGGAGGUACGGGACGAGGCGGGGGUAGAGAUGAUGGGCAGAUGGAGGGCUUAUGUGCGGGGAGGAAGCCGGAUUUCGAUGCGCCGCCUAUGGCUAAGGGGAUGGCGGAGGAAAUGGAUAAAAGUAUGUUCUGGGGUGAACCUAUUGUUUGA